AUGCUGACUUUCGCCAGCGCUGUCGCUGAUGGAAGGAUUGGCAGGACUCUGGACCUAAGAAGCCGACCUGUCAGAAGACCUUUUUCCGAGUUUGGGCUUCCACAAGGUGCAGCUCGAUCUUGGCUGGCUGCAGUUGCAGCUGGUGUGGCAAGGUUCGGAAGCGCUUCCUCUAAGCUCACCCGUAGGUGCAAACCUGCUGUCAGGGGGCCCGAUGAGAGGGACUUGCAGCUUGACGGCCGCGGCGCGAAGGCUCUCCGCUCCCUGGCUUGGAGUUCCUCAGCUCUUGAAGUGCCGCAGAGGAAGAAGCAAAGUAGAGAGGCAGUGAAGAGGGCUGCGCUCCGGAGGUUGAGGGACCAUGCGGCCAGCAAGGGCGGGCGAUGUAUCUCUGUGGAGUACACGAACAGCAAGACGAAGGUCCAGUGGGAGUGCGAAUUCGGGCACAGGUGGCAGGCUACACCGGACAAUGUGCUGCAUCGGGGGUCCUGGUGUCGUCGCUGCGGCAUCAACAAGCAAAGCCUCAGCUUGCACCAACUCAAAGAGCACGCGAGGACAAAAGGUGGCAGGUGCUUGUGUGACCACUACGGGAACGCUCGGACUAAGGUUCGCUGGCAGUGCAAGCUGGGACACACCUGGGAGGCCACAGCAAACAUGGAGCAUGCCGCCGCCCGUGGUGGCAAAUGCUUGGCUACUGAAUAUGUUGGCAUGAAGGCGAAAGUUCCGUGGCAGUGCGACAAAGGCCACACUUUGCGUGCGAGAGCAGACAGCGUGCUGAACCACAACUCCUGGUGCCCGGCCUGCUCGAAGAACGCACCCUUGGGAUUGGAGCGACUGCGGAGCCACGCGGCCCACCUUGGUGGAGAGUGCCUGGCCGAGGACUACAAGAACAACCGCAUCAAGGUGCGAUGGAAAUGCAGCUCUGGCCAUAUAUGGCGAGCAACUGCGAGCAAUGUCAUCCACAAUGGCACCUGGUGCCCCGAGUGCCAGAAGAUCGGCCUGGCACGUCUUCAGGGACGCGCCGGGUCGUUGGGCGGGAGGUGCCUGGCCAAGAAGUAUAGCAACCGUGAAGCGAAAGUUCUUUGGGAAUGCCAGCUUGGCCACAGGUGGAAAGCCAGCGCCAGGAGCAUCCUUUGUCAGAAGACCUGGUGCCCUCAAUGUGCAGUCAGUGCAUGGAAGACGGAGGCCGAGAUCCGCAGCAUUUUGGAAGCCAUCUUCGAUCCCGCAAGGUUUGAGUCGUCCUAUCCAAAAUUUCUGGGAGGUCUGCAGCUGGACGGGUACUGCUCCAGGCUGUCCUUGGCUUUUGAGUACCAGGGGGAGCAGCACUUCGAUCCUGACAACUACUUCCAUUUCGGAGACCGCUCAAGCUUUCAGAGCCAGCUGGAGAGGGAUGACAGGAAGCGUCAGCUUUGCGAAGAGGCCGGCGUGCGACUGGUGCUGGUGCCGUGUUUUGCUAACGACAAGCGCCUUUUUGUGCUCACGGCUCUGCUUCAGUGGUUCUCCAUCGCUCAGAUCACGGCCCCGAUGUUGGCGCUGCCAAGAAGCGACGCUGACGUCGACAGACCUGGAUUUGCCGCGAACACCUCUGUGGAGUUCGUGUGGGAUGGUUUUCGUGCCGCCCUGCUGAAGUUUGAGCCGGUCUGGCGCAUCCUCAUGCUGCAGCUCUUGGAUUUCUUGGUGCGCGGCUUGAACUUGGAAGAAGAUAUCCUCGGGCGGAAGGUUCACGAGCUUUUCGUGUGGUUGACCCGCGUCCAGGCAACCCAGCGUUUCGGGCGAGACCAGGUCCUUGGCUUGCUCUUGAACCUCGACGCGGGGAGCGCCAAUGCCAACACGGUGAGCCUCUUCCGGGACGGCAUGAGGGUCUCCCAGCCGCUGCCGCUGCCGGAGGCGCUCAAGGGCAAGACGCUCUUCCCGGCGGUGACUUUCCGGAACGUCACCCUCAGCUUCAACUUUGGCCCUACGCCAAAGACGGCGCUUCCCUUCAAGUGCCACAUGCUGGGCCAGGCUGCCGCGAAGGACACGGAAGUCGUGGCCCCGCGCCAGCCCAAGGAUGGCAAGUUCGAGGUCAUCUUCCCGAUCUUGCUGCCGGAUGAGGGCUCCUUUGACUGGGUGGACCUUUUCCUCCAGCAGCAUCCGGACUUCACGGAGCUGAGCGACCGAAUGAUCCUGGAUUGGUGCGAGAAGAGCGGCAUCAGCCGGAAUCGCGGCUACCGAUGGAGGACCUCGAACGAUCGGCCGGACAUGCAGAUGAACGUGCCCGAGCUGGACAACCUCAGCAUCCGAAGAGACGUGGAGCAGUCCAUCUUGGAGACGAAGCUGGAUGCUUGUCCUGCUGACGUAUAA